AUGGCAACGUUCCUCGCCAGCAUUGCCCAGCACCACCACAAUCACGCGGAGCAGCAGAUGCUUUUUCAGGGGGCCCACAAGUUGCACGGUCCUCCAGCUUUGUAUUGGGGCGGUGGCAGGGACAUUCUCACCUACUCUAUUAUGCGCAACCGCAGGGUCCUCGUCCACUGCAAACAAUGGGAUGGCGCCUGUGCCUUACAAGACACAACUCACUAUCAAGUGCCUGCCGACGCGCCCGUCACGCACCUGCUCUACCACGGCGGAGGUCACUACGAAGCGCUAGUUGAGGUUGAAGCUUGUCACGACCUAACGCGCCUCACUCCAGCAUGGGACCAGCCGCUGUACUUCAGACAGCGAGGGGCAUUGAGAUACCAAUUCCUUUAUGCGCUGGACUGGACGAGCUGGCAAGAGUGGGCAUCCCAACCAGAAAGGACCAGCGACAUACCCUUCUAUGCAAUGUAUGCCCUCAGGUUGUACGUUUCGCUCAUCAUGUCCGGCGAAUGCCCCACAUCCUUUCUCAGCCAGUUGCAAGACCUCUUGCAAGAAGCGCUGCCUACAGACCCUGGUUUGCCCGAAUGGGUUAUGCACAUGGUUUACGUGCACGAGCAUGCCUAG